CUUUUUUCUUCAAAUUAUUUAGCAACAUUUAUUGUAAAGUAAUUAAAAUGUCAAAUGAAAGUUCUGAAAUAAAGCUAAUGAAUUCGAACGAUGAUGGAGAAAAAUUUGAUGCAAAAUAUAAGCCAUGGAAUUAUCCUGAUUCAUCAUCUAACACUCAUCCCAAUCAAAUUAGAAAUUGUUGUUCUCCAAUUGAUGAAAUUGAAGAUUUGGCAAAAGAAGAUAAAAAUUUAUAUACGACUCAUAAUGAUGAAGUUCAAGCAGAUAAAUCAACAUUCUCAAUGUUGAAACAAAAUGAAAAUAUUGAUAAUAAUAGUAAAAAAAGUAGUAAUCGUAUAACCAAUAGCAAGGAAAUGCAAAAUGACAAGCAAGUAAAUUAUUUGGACAAGUCAAAUUUAAGAUAUCGAAUAAAUGAAUUUGAAAGCAUAAAACAAAUUGAAAAUUACCAACAAGAGAAGAUGGCAGAAAAAUUACCUAUCAACAUAAAUAGUCCAGAAAUAUUCAAUAAAUAUGUUGAAACAGAUUUGGAUCAACCUAUGGAUUAUACGCUUUGCUAUGAUGAAAAUAAGUCUGAUGAAGAGAAAAAAGGAAGCGCAACAUUCUUCCCUAAAAAUGGUAACAAAAUUUUUUCUAUAGAUUUCUUAUGUAUUGAGGAGACAAUUGAAGAGGAUAAAAUCCAAACCAUUAAACCAAAAGGGGGUAUGAAUAAGGAACCAACAAGAAAUAAGAAAGAAAUGUUCAGCAAUACUAGCAGAAGUUUUAAAGAAAUUUUUAAUUUCUUUAAAGAUCGUGAUAAAAAAAGAACAGCUAUCGACAAUACCAAAAUUUCAGCUCUGGAUGGAUCCAAAUUACUCAAAAAUGCAGAAAUUUAUGAGCAAAAAGUAGAAAAGUCACCUCAACCACAAGUAGAACAUUGUGAAAGAGAUUCAAAAUUAAGAAAUGACAUUCAAUGUUCUCAACAAACUCCAUUAAUGUUCUCCCGGUGUAGUUCCUUAGGCUCGCUCAAUGGAUUAGAGCAAAACUCGACAAACGAUGAUCGUAGUUCAGUCAUAAGUGAUGUCAGUCAUAGGACCAGUGGCAUUAUUUCUCCUAGUGAACUUCCAGAUUCCCCAGCACAAGCUAUUCCGCCUAACAUAAGAUUACAACCAAAAUCUCAAGCUAAUAGCUUUGUAAAGAAAAAAAUUCAGAUACAAAAUGACAAACUGAAAAUUUAUCAACAUUCAAUAAUAUCCAAUGACAGUUCGCUGCUACAUCAAGAGAACACUUGUAAAAAGUCUCUAAUGACAAAGGGGAGUGUUUUUGAAGAUAAUAUUACUUCAUUUAAAGAUGAAUCUACACCAACUAAGCUUCAUUCGGUAGCAGCAAGCAGUCUAAGUUCCUUAACAAUUGACGACGAUGACGACUAUGAAUUAAUAAACAAACUUACUAACAAGGAAAAACAGAGUAUUACUGAAGAGGCAGAAAUUGAAAAUAGCAUAGAAGAGCCAAUCGAAGAAUCUAAUCACCUAGUCAAACCUUCAAUGGAGGCAGAGAAAAGUGAAAGCGAAUCUCAUGAAAUAGAUGAAGAUUUCAUUAGAGAGCAAGACGAUGAACUAACUGACUUAACGUCGCACGAAGAACAGCUACUCGAUCAAUGUAUACGUAGAGGUAUAGCAAAAUGGACAAAGCAAAGCAUCAAUGAUAUUAAACCCUUUAGUUGGGACGUUGGAUUAACUUGUCGUGCAACAAGAGCUAUGAUAAUAAGCAGAAUUAGAAUAAAUUCUGACACGGAUAUCUACAAUCAUAUUGAUGAUAAACAAGAAAACUAUCAAGGAAAUAAAUUAACUAAUAAUAAAUUAAAUUUAAAACAGAAAUUUCAAAAUGAAAUUGAAGAAUGUAAAAAUUAUAAUGGAAAAUAUUCAAAUGAAGACUCGGAUGCAAUCGAAUCACUAUCAAAUCUAAAAGAAACCUCUGAUCAGUUUCAUAAAAAUUCUUAUUAUAUUACUUACGAAGAGCAUCUCCUUGAUCAAUGUAUUCGAAGAGGAAUGGCUAAAAUUACAAAAAGGAAUGUAAAUGAUAUUAAACCAUUUAGUUGGGACGCGCAUCAAAUUUGCCUGACAACUAGAGCAAUGAUGUUACAUAGUCGCGAUGGGGAUUUUCACACAAGUCAUUGAAUUAUUUAAAUUUUUUUAAUUUA